AUGCCAUCGAUCGCCGACCCGUCAGGCGCACAUGAGGACGAUGUGACCUUGGUGGACUCUGACGACAAUGCGCUGGGACUCGGGUCGCCCGGCAUGUCCGCACGCGACGAUGCCGUCACCUCGGAUGCGCUCGAUGACGAAUACGAGAUCGAGCGCAUUGUCAGCCACUCGAGCGAAGACACUGACGGACAGCUAUCGUACUUUGUCAAGUGGAAGGGCUACCCCGACACCGAAAAUACGUGGGUAGUCGAGAGCGACAUGGGUGGAGCCCAGGAGAUGAUUUCAGAGUAUUGGGCGGAUCUGCCGGAGAGCGUCUUGCACAGAGCUAGGAGAGGCAAGAAGAAGCGACAGUCGAUGACGCCGCAACCGUCCAAGCGCGCACGCCGCGAAUCCUCGGUGCCGACGCGCCGCAACAAGCGCACCAACGGUCAGGUCGCUCGAUCCGUCUCCCCCGACGAUGAGGGGCUGGACGAUGAAGAUGCCCAGCUGGAACGCAUCCGAUCGGAUCCAUCGCUCGGCGAUGAGCAACGCGCGUUGCUCGAGACGCAACAUCUGCACGCCAAGCGAUUGGAGCGUCUGCGCAAGCGCUAUGCGCGAAUCGCAGACUGGGACCCCAUCGUACGCCGCAUCGAGGGCGUCGAAAAGAUGAGCGACAACAAGAUCCGCGUCUUUAUCCACUUUGACAACGGCGACAAGCUGGCGUUUGAAAGCACCGUCGCCCAUCAUCGCUGUCCGCUCAAGCUGCUCCAGUUUUACGAGGCCAAUUUGAGGUUCCGCGAGCGCGAUGCCACGCAGGAACCACCGCUGGUGGGCGAGGAGCCAACGAGCCAACUCGAUCAGUACCUCCACCACGACCAAGCUCAAGCUCAAGACGACCAGCACGACCAGGAGGAGCAACAGGAGCAACAGGAGCAACAGGAGCAGCAGGAGCAGCAGGAGGAGGAGGAGGAGGCGGUGGCAGAAGCUGUCGACCAGCAAGAUGAACACCAAGACGAGGUCGACGCCGUACCACCGAGUCAAGAGCCGCAGCAGCAAGACCCGUCACACACCCAAGAACAGCCUGUAUCCUAA